AUGUCCAAGUGUAUCAUCUCCCCUUCCGUCCUUGCCAGUGACCUUUCUAAGUUAUCUGAGGAAUGUCAACGAAUGAUUGAUAAUGGGUGUGACUGGUUACACAUGGACGUAAUGGACGGUAACUUCGUACCUAAUAUAACGAUGGGGGCUCCUAUAUUAACAUGGGUUCAUAAGAACGUACCUGAGAUAUUCAUGGAUUGUCAUAUGAUGGUUGCCGAUCCAGCUAGAUGGGUACCAGAUGUAGCUAAAGCUGGUGGUAAAAGUUACACUUUCCAUUACGAAGCUACUUCCGACCCAGAAGGGGUAAUUCGUCUGAUCAAAGAGCACAAAAUGCUCGUAGGAUUAGCUAUAUCACCCGAGACUCCCUCAAGCGUAAUCACCGAUACAUUAGGUAACGAAGUAGAUAUGCUACUAGUCAUGACUGUUAAACCAGGAUAUGGAGGUCAAAAAUUCAUGCCUGAAUGUCUUGAUAAAGUCACCGAAUUAAGAAAGAGAUUCCCAGGUAAAAAUAUUCAGGUUGAUGGUGGUGUGGGUAGUGGUAACGCUUGUCAAUGUGCCAAAGCUGGUUCAAACGUCUUGGUGGCAGGAACAGCAAUUUUCGGUGCUGAAGAUCCCAAGAAGACAAUCUCAGAAAUGAGAUCUACCGUAGACCAGGCUAUAGCUGAGCAAAAAUAA